AGCAGCCUCAGCACAAGGGAGAGCAGCACGACCGCCUUCCUGUCCUUCAAUUCGACAUUGUUGGCUUGAUGGCUUGAAGUCAUAGGUCGCAGCUGAUUUUAAGAUUCUUCAGCACUGAAAGCAUGUCUUUGAUCGUAACAGCUGGUUGUGCAACCAGAAUUUGACGAACGAAACGGAUCACAUUAAGUGCCGGUUCAGCAGAACGAAGCAUGGCGCUCUUUCCAAGUUUUGCUCCUCCAACGAUAGAGCACAUUACAGGCUGGGUCAGCUUUCAAGACGAGGAAGUGCAAUUGGCGCAGGAAGAAGCUGAGCUGGAAGCCAAGUGGAAUGAAGUGCGAUGCUCGAAUGAGAGCACAGUGCCAAUUGGGACCUCAGUCAUGCCUCCUCAUGAGGAGUUUGACACCGAGGAGCAAGCGGAGGGAGAAGAAGACGAAGCGGAGCAGAUUGAGGAUGGCGGGAGUGAAGGAGGCGAGUUUGGAGAAGAUGAACUUUGAUUCAUUUUUGUUGCAACGCUUAACAAAGUGAAAGGUCUCGGCUGAAGACCAAUUAAGGGGAUGAGACGUUGACCGACAGCAAUUUGACUUACCGUGGGAAUUCGUUUGAGGUUGACUUUCGCAAAAGUACGCUGCUAAGAGCCCUCAUGACUAAUCUUCCCCAUAGUCGUAGAGCACCGGCUUCAGAAGUUCGAAUACGCCUUUAACAUACACAAGCGCAGUGUGUUUGCGAACGUUGAUGACAAACAUAUCACAGGUUCCGACAAAGCGUAAUUCUAGGGCCUCCAAGCAGGACCAUAAUGCAGCGGCAUAUUGAGCCUGGGAAAGGGCCCGAGAUAAGAUCCACUGAUCUGACAUUGUUAACACAUCAGUGAAGUCAAAAGACGCACUCAGAACAAUUGCCAGCGCAGGCAAUUGAACUGACUCUGCUUUCAAUUUUGAUUCGCACGAUCAUCAACGCCCCCAUUUGAUAAGCUUGGUGCUCUGCGCUCGCUUACCUUCUUUCACUCAAGACCAUUCAAAAUCUCAGUGCUUCAUAGGAUGAACAGGCUCUGCAGCAGGUACAUAAUUGGACGUAAUGUAGGCUGAC